AGCCGCAGACACCAUGAGCCUCAGUGAGGAGCAGGUGCGCAGCUUCCUGGACGGGAACCCUGACUUCGCCCACCAGUACUUCGAGAAGCAGCUGAGCCCUGAGCAUGUGGCUGGGGCCUGUGAGGACGGGUGCCUGGUGGACUGCAGCAGUCUCCGAGAGCUGUGCCAGGUGGAGGAGAGUGCCGCGCUGUUUGCGCUGGUGCAGGACACGCCAGAGAACGUCAGCAUGGAGCGCGUGGUCUUCACACUCCUGCAGCGUCUCUGCACCAUCCUGCAGGCUGACCGCUGCAGCCUCUUCAUGUACCGCCAGCGCAACGGCUUGGCUGAGCUCGCCACGCGGCUCUUCAGCGUGCAACCGGGCAGCACCCUAGAGGACUGCCUGGUGCCCCCUGAUGCUGAGAUCGUGUUCCCUCUGGACAUCGGAGUCGUCGGCCACGUGGCUCAGACCAAGAAGAUGGUGAACGUGCCGGACGUGACCCAGGAUCCCCACUUCAGCCCCUUCGCAGAUGAGCUCACAGACUAUGUGACCAGGAGCAUCCUGGCCGCGCCCAUCAUGAACGGCAAGGAAGUCGUCGCAGUGAUGGUGGCAGUGAACAAGCUCAGCGGCCCCUGCUUCACCAGCGAAGACGAAGAUGUUUUCAAGAAAUACCUGAAUUUCGCUGGGUUGAACCUGAAGAUCUAUCACUUGAGCUACCUUCACAACUGUGAGACACGCCGAGGCCAGGUGCUGCUCUGGUCAGCCAACAAGGUGUUUGAGGAGCUGACAGACAUCGAGAGGCAGUUCCACAAGGCCUUCUACACAGUGCGGGCUUAUCUGAACUGUGACCGGUACUCUGUGGGCCUCCUGGACAUGACCAAGGAGAAGGAAUUUUUUGAUGUGUGGCCUGUGCUGAUGGGAGAAGCCCAGCCAUACUCAGGCCCAUGCACACCCGAUGGCCGGGAAAUCGUCUUCUACAAAGUCAUCGACUACAUCCUCCACGGCAAGGAGGACAUCAAGGUCAUUCCCACACCCCCAGAUGAUCAUUGGGCCCUGGCCAGCGGCCUUCCAACCUAUGUGGCAGAAAGUGGCUUUAUCUGUAACAUCAUGAACACCUCCACUGACGAAAUGUUCAAGUUUCAGGAGGGGCCCUUGGAUGACUCUGGGUGGGUCAUCAAGAAUGUGCUCUCCAUGCCCAUCGUCAACAAGAAGGAGGAGAUUGUGGGGGUGGCGACCUUCUACAACAGAAAAGACGGGAAGCCCUUUGACGAGCAGGAUGAAGUCCUCAUGGAGUCGCUGACACAGUUCCUGGGCUGGUCGGUGCUGAACACAGACACCUACGACAAGGUGAACAAGCUGGAGAACCGCAGAGACAUCGCCCAGGACAUGGUUCUAUACCACGUGAGAUGUGACAAGGACGAGAUCCAGAUGAUACUGCCAACGAGGGAGCGCCUGGGGAAAGAGCCUGCUGACUGUGAGGAGGAUGAGCUGGGGAAAAUCUUGAAGGAAGAGCUGCCAGGGCCCACCAAGUUUGACAUCUAUGAGUUCCACUUCUCUGACCUGGAGUGCACUGAGCUGGAGCUGGUCAAGUGUGGCAUCCAGAUGUACUAUGAGCUGGGCGUGGUCCGCAAGUUCCAGAUCCCCCAGGAGGUCCUGGUGCGGUUCCUGUUCUCUGUCAGCAAAGCCUACCGGAGAAUCACCUACCACAACUGGCGCCACGGCUUCAACGUGGCCCAGACCAUGUUCACACUGCUCAUGACAGGCAAGCUGAAAAGCUACUACACUGACCUGGAAGCCUUCGCCAUGGUCACAGCAGGCCUGUGCCAUGACAUUGACCACCGAGGCACCAACAACCUGUACCAGAUGAAAUCCCAGAAUCCCUUAGCCAAGCUUCACGGCUCCUCCAUCUUGGAGCGGCACCACCUGGAGUUUGGGAAGUUCCUGCUGGCAGAGGAGAGCCUGAACAUCUACCAGAACCUGAACCGGCGGCAGCAUGAGCAUGUGAUCCACCUCAUGGACAUCGCCAUUAUCGCCACGGACCUGGCCCUCUACUUCAAGAAGAGGACAAUGUUCCAGAAGAUUGUGGAUGAGUCCAAGAACUACACAGACAAGAAGAGCUGGGUGGAGUACCUGUCCCUGGAGACGACGCGGAAGGAGAUAGUCAUGGCCAUGAUGAUGACUGCCUGUGACCUGUCUGCCAUCACCAAGCCCUGGGAAGUCCAGAGCAAGGUUGCUCUUCUGGUGGCCGCUGAGUUCUGGGAACAAGGUGACUUGGAAAGGACAGUUUUGGAUCAGCAGCCCAUCCCCAUGAUGGACAGGAGUAAGGCGGAUGAGCUCCCCAAGCUGCAGGUUGGCUUCAUUGACUUCGUGUGCACGUUCGUGUACAAGGAGUUCUCCCGUUUCCAUGAAGAGAUCCUGCCCAUGUUUGACCAACUACAGAACAACAGGAAGGAGUGGAAAGCACUUGCUGACGAGCACGAGGCCAAAAUGAAGGCCCUGGAGGAGGAGAAGGAGGACGAAGAGAGUGUGGCGGCCAAGAAAGUGGGCAGAGAAAUCUGCAAUGGUGACCCAGCACCCAAGUCUUCCACCUGCUGUAUCCUGUAAGCCCUGGUCUAGGGGACUGCUAGCUCCCUCCAGGCCCUCAACCUCUGGAACAUGGGCUCUGCCUCCUGCACUUUGGAGUAAAAAGUUAGGAAGCCAAGAAAAUGACUGAAGACAGUUUGAAAUAUUUUGAAUUUUUAUAAGGUUUUUUU